AGCAGCUGUGCGGCUUCAGUAUCGCUCACCAUCAGACGACGGGAGUCACCGGCGGCGAAACACCCCUUCUUUUCCCGUUUCGAAAUACGACUAAGACGCCGUUUGGUGUGUUUUUUGGGGAGCGCUUUGUCAGCCAAACGAGAUGGGGCGCGGAGUAGUUUUACUGCUGGUGGCAGCAGUGGUGUCAGCGCUGGCCGUGGAGGUGCCCACGGACGUGUCGAUGGGGCUGCUGGCCGAGCCGCAGGUUGCCAUGUUCUGCGGGAAGCUCAACAUGCACAUCAACGUGCAGACGGGCAAGUGGGAGUCCGACCCCUCCGGCACCAAGAGCUGCAUCGGCACCAAGGAGGGGAUCCUGCAGUACUGCCAGGAGGUGUAUCCGGAGCUCCAGAUCACCAACGUGGUGGAGGCCAACCAGCCGGUCAGCAUCCAGAGCUGGUGCAAGAAGGGGCGCAAGCAGUGCCGCGGCCACAUGCACAUCGUGGUUCCCUACCGCUGCCUGGUGGGAGAGUUUGUGAGCGACGCUCUGCUGGUCCCUGACAAGUGUAAGUUCCUGCACCAGGAGCGCAUGGACCAGUGUGAGAGCCACCUGCACUGGCACACUGUUGCCAAGGAGUCUUGUGGAGACAGAACUAUGACCCUCCACGAUUAUGGGAUGCUGUUGCCGUGCGGCAUCGACCGCUUCAAGGGAGUGGAGUUCGUCUGCUGCCCCACCGAGGUAGAGCGCAACGCAGACAGCGCCGAACGGGACACUGACGACUCCGACGUGUGGUGGGGCGGCGUGGAUACGGACUAUGCCGACAACAGCAGGUUGUGGGAGCCGGAGCCAACGGAGCAGCAGGAGGAGCCCAAACCAUCUGUGGCAGAGGAGGACGAUGACGAAGAGACGCCCGAGGAGGAUGACGAGGAGGAGGAGGACGGCCUGGACAACGACCAGGACGGGGAUGGAGAGGAGGACGAAGAGGUGGUGGAGGAGGAUGACGACGAUGAGGACGACCAAACCGACGACUUUGACGCGCUUGACGAUGAGGCCGGCGAACCCACCGCCAGCGUCGCCAUGACCACGACCACCACCACCACCACCGAGUCUGUGGAGGAGGUCGUCAGAGAUGUGUGCUGGGCCAACGCAGAGACCGGCCCGUGCCGGGCCCUGCUGACCCGCUGGUUCUUUGACCGCGCGGAGGGCCGCUGCGUUCCCUUUAUCUACGGCGGCUGUGGAGGCAACAGGAAUAACUUUGAGUCAGAGGAGUACUGCAUGUCUGUCUGCAGUAGCGUCCUUCCCACCGCCAAGCCCAGCUCCCCCGACGCCGUGGACCACUACCUGGAGACGCCCGCCGACGAGAACGAGCACGCCCACUUCCAGAAAGCCAAGGAGAGCCUGGAGGCCAAGCACCGCGAGAGGAUGUCCCAGGUGAUGAGGGAAUGGGAGGAGGCAGAGAGGGAAGCCAAGAACCUUCCACGCGCCGACAAGAAGGCGGUGAUUCAGCGUUUCCAGGAGAAGGUGGAGGCCCUGGAGCAGGAGGCAGCCGGCGAGCGCCAGCAGCUGGUGGAGACGCACAUGGCGCGGGUGGAGGCGCUGCUGAACGACCGCCGCCGCCUGGCGCUGGAGAGCUACCUGACUGCGCUGCAGGAGGAUCCUCCCAGGCCUCGACAUGUCUUCAGCUUGCUGAAGAAGUACGUGCGCGCCGAGCAGAAGGACCGGCAGCACACCCUCAAACACUUCGAACACGUCCGCAUGGUUGACCCCAAGAAGGCGGCGCAGAUUCGACCCCAGGUGCUGACCCAUCUGCGAGUCAUUGAGGAGCGCAUGAACCAGUCUCUGGGUCUGCUCUACAAAGUGCCCGGCGUGGCCGACGAUAUCCAGGACCAAGUGGAAGUCCUCCAGAGGGAGCAGGCGGAGAUGGCCCAGCAGCUCGCCAACCUGCAGACCGACGUGAGGGUCAGCUACGGAAACGACGCCCUGAUGCCCAACCAGGAGCUGGGAGACGGCCAGAGCGACCUGCUGCCUCAGGAGGACACCGGCUUCAUCCACCCCGAGAGCUUCAACCAGCCCAACACGGAGAACCAGGUGGAGCUGGUCGAUUCUCGCCCCAGUUUCGACCGAGGCGUUCCCACUCGACCAGUGUCUGGGAUGAAGAUGGACGCCGUUCCGGAGCUGCGGAUGGAGACAGAUGACCGACAGAGUGCUGAAUACGCAGUUCACCAUCAGAAGCUGGUCUUCUUCGCGGAGGACGUGGGCUCCAACAAGGGCGCCAUCAUCGGGCUGAUGGUGGGGGGCGUGGUCAUCGCCACGGUGAUCGUCAUCACCCUGGUGAUGCUGAGGAAGAAGCAGUACACCUCCAUCCACCACGGAGUGAUCGAGGUUGACGCCGCCGUCACCCCCGAGGAGCGCCACCUGUCCAAGAUGCAGCAGAACGGCUACGAGAAUCCGACCUACAAGUUGUUUGAGCAGUUUCAGAACUGAUGGCGCCUCACAUCCGCACCAGACCCCCCCCUUCAUAUCAUCCUCACCCCCACCCCCCUCUCAGACAGUGUGGUAGGUUGCCGAGUGACUAGAACAGUCUUUCUUGGAUUUAUUGAAGCCAGACUCCAUUUUUUUUGUAAAGAUUUCAAAGAAAGAAAAGUCUGAGAGUACCGACGCAAACCCCGCCCCCUUUUCCCUCAAAGAGAGAACCAGAGAGGGGGGGGUUAUCAAAUCCAAACCUCAGAUUUGAUUCAUAAUAAAAGCCAAAAUCAGGAGUCUGAAUAAGGCCUGGUUGUCAUCCUCACCUUCCUCACAUUUCACCUUCAUCCGGGCUGCGGUUCAGCCCCCACCUCAGAAAAAAACCACCAAGAGAAUGAAAAUAUCGCAGCAAUGUAUUCCGAAUGAGCUGUUUGUUCUUUUUAUUUUGGAGGUUUUCUCGAUCAUUUUUCUUUUUUUCAAAAAAGACAGAAAACAGAAAAAAAACAAAAAAAGUCAACCGAUGUAAAGUCCUUUUUUUAAAUUGCGUGUAAUGUUGCCGAAGUCUUAGCUGUUCUGUAGUGCAUGACAACAAUGACGACAGGAUUUUGGAGAAGGAACAAAAAACAACAAAAAAGCUGCUCUGGUGAGAAUCCUUCUCUGAUGUAGAUUGUCAUUCUAGCAAGAUUGUACAUUUAGAUAUUUCUCGUGAUCACGUGACGAUGAAAAAGCUUAUAUGAAUCUAGACGAAUGCUCCGCUUUGAUAUCAUGUAAAGAAGAAGCACAUUGAAGAGCUCCAAACUUUGGGUGCUGCUCCGUCGUUUUCCGCCUGCUCUGGAGGCGUUUCCGGGGUUUCUUUUGCUCGUUUUGGCAAUAAAACGGCGAAGAGAGCAGGAGGAGGAGGAGGAAGGAGCUGCACCUCCAGAUGGUUUCCCAGCGAGUCAGACAGUCUGUGUAUAUAAUAUGUAAUGUAUUUUCACCCCCCCCUCAUUUACCUCCUUUUUCUUCCGCCGCCUCUCCUCCGUCAGCGUUAGGAGUUGAACAGCGGGUAGUGGGGGGGGGUCUCUGUGUAUAUUUGUCAGUUGAACCCCCUCGGCCGUUGUCACGGCGAUCAGAGAUCCGGUGGAGGCGGGGAGUGACGUGUUCGGGAGCUCCGUAGACGCCCAGCAGAGGGCGGUAGAGUAGCAGAGGAAGCAGGAUUUUCUUUUUCUGUGGGUUAAAUAUUGAGUUUUCUUUCUUUCUUUCUUUUUUUUUUUUGUUUUCCACUGUGUAAUGUUGUGGAGGCCAUUUGCAUUGACUGGAAAUUCGCUUUCUACACUGUAUCCAUAAUAAAGUUUUGAAUGUACAUACA